CGCGCCCUCACCUCGGCUGGGCUCUCCAGACCCUCGUGGUCCCUAACCCUCGUAUGAUUGAACCAGAUCAGGUGCCACAAGCUGCCACUAAGAAAACAGACUCCAAAAGUAAGCCAGAGCCCAUGCAAAGGUGAGAUAAGGGGCUCCGGCACCUCCUUACACUGUCGUGGGCGGUCAGGAGAACCGGGGAUCUGGACUUUUCCUAAAAGCAAAAUCCGAACGCAUCCGGCACAGCCGCGCACUCCUUCCUUUCACGCCGCAUGGAUGACUUCUGCGUUACCGCCUCCUCUCCCAUCUAAAAUAUCCCUUUCCUCCCCGCCGCCGCUCCCUCAGCUCUCCCCGGGAACGCGAAAUCACCUUACCUCGGGCCAUAAAGGAAAAGCGGCAAAAGGAGACGUCAAGGUAUCCGCCCUUCCGGGAUUUUCCCCCGGCCGUGAGAUGUCCUUUGUGUCAAGGUCUGGCUGCCUCAGCGGAGGAAAGGUGGCCUCCGUCAGUGAGGGCUGGGCGGGGAGGCUCAGCGUGGCGUGGCGGAUUUCCGAGGAAGGUGAAGGGCGGCGACCUUCAGGCGGAGCGGCGUGGCUGCCCCAGCCCGCGCUCUCCUGUCUCUCCUCCUCUUUUCGGGGCCGAUUGCAUCAGAAUCUACCCCCACCACCAACCCCCACCCACAAGGUGCUCGCCAGCGUCGCACUUACAUCCACAUGCUCGGCCGCCGAGGGUCUCGAAUCGCAGUCAUUCUCCUAUUGCGGGGCGCGUCGCCCCUGUGCAUCCAUGGCUCGUGACGGUUUAGCUGGGAAAGUCAGGCUAUUCCUCCGCGUCCAGCGUGCCGUCGCCUCCCCUCCUGCACGCCCGCUCUGUAACCGAAGCUGCGUGUCACUCAGCGGUGCCCGUCACAUGGUGCCGCUGCCGGCGGCCGCCCCUUGCUGCCUCCUUGUCGCCGCCCGCCGAGGAUGCAGCGACCGCGGCCGGCGGAGACUGAGCAUCCGGGAAGAAGGGAGGCGUGAGGGAGGGGUUGCGUGGCGUGCGUGUGCGGGGCGCGCCGGCAGCGGCACCGGGAGCAGAGGCUGCGCGCAGCCUGGACACCUGCCCCACGCCUCCCUGGGGCCUGGCAGCGAGCCCAGAGCCCAGCUGCGGCGGCGGCUGGAGAGCCCUCGGGGAUGGAGGAGGAACGGUUCCGUCUCCGUGUUCCAUCAAAACAGGAAAGGGAAGGUGAAUCAUCUUUCAAAAAUUAAUCUACCUGGAGCAUUUCAAGCGGGCAGACCGAGUAGCCUCUGUCACCGAGUGGCUAUGGCUUUUUAGUCACCGCUGGAAACGCGAGAAUACAACCAAACUCCUCGUAACUGACUAAAAUCCUCGUUCCGUCCAGUGGCAGAAAACGGUCUUCGUUAGUUCAACAAUGGCUAUCUGAGAACUCUACUCUUGAAGGCCAGCUCUUGAAUAAACCUGAGAAACUGAAAGGCAGUGCAAACAGAAGGGAAGAUAAUGGGCAGCCUCGUUCAGACAGACCUGCCAUCAAAUUCUGCCGCAAACACUGCGUCCCUCCCCUGCUUAACUUUUGUCUUUAUAGUCAUGUUUCCCGAUUUGUAAAAAAGAGUGUUAGUAGGACCCAUGUCAUAGUAAUAUUCUACAGGUCACCAGAAAGUUGGUUCUUCUCCCUCUUCCUUCCUAGAGGAAGCUAAUUUAGGAUGAGAUUACUAAUUAUAAGUAGUGUGCACCUUGCCUGGCAGAGAUAAUUCUUAUGAAUAAGGUAGGAAAUCUGAACAGGCAAAGUAGGUAGAUUGUGAGCAUAGCUCCAUAAGCCAGUUGAAAUGUUUACCUUUUUUAUCAUCAUGUGUAUUCACCAGUGUUUGGAGAGCAUCUGAUCGCAAGCUUAUCUUUUGAUUACAGUUUUAACUUAUUUGCUAGUUUCUGUGCACCAAAGACUGCAGUUAAGCAGCAUUUUAAAAACUGGAUUCAAUAGUGAUGAGUUGGGCUUCACUCCUUGCCAACUACUGUACUGAGCACUUUACAUAUAAAUAUUAUUACAUGUAAUCCUUUCAACUACUCAAUUCGGUAUUAUCCUGUUCGUAUAAACAAAAAAGCAGGUUUGAAGAGGCUAAGUUGGCCACGUUCACUUAAGACAGUAAGUGGUGAAAGGGGACGUAAGGGAAGUGGUUCCCAUUCAGGCCUGAAUUCAAAGUCCACCCUCAGGCUUAACCGUGAUGCUACGACCAUUUGCAAAUAGACACUCUUGGGCCUUGAGUGCGCAAAGAUCUUCACCCCUCAUCUGGAUUUUAGUUGACAACCUGGAACUGAAGUGUAGACAUCAACAUGGAGGCUGAAGUGAAGAAGCUGCCGUGGGGAGG